AUGAUGCUGAGUCAUCAAAAGCCAUGGGGUAUUAUACUUUUACCUUUAAAAGUUCCAUCAGUGACUCAGCACUUGCAAUUUAAAAUGGUCACUGAAGAUGCAGCAGAUUCAAAAGGAAGAGUGUUACCGCGACAAAUGAUUCGUAUCCAAAGGACUGAACCAGAAGAAAACGUUGUGCGCACUGAGUUGCGGUUCGUUAUUUACCAGUCGAGAAAGGAUUUGGAGGAGAAAGCUCUUUACGAGGCAAGACGAUUCAACAAAAUCACAACUAUAUGGUUCAAAGAAAAUAUAGUCAAUGAGGCAGUGCACUGUCUAAUGAAAAAAUAUGCGGAAAUGAAUUUGGGACAAGUGUUACUACCAGGUGUUCAAAAAGUCGAUGCUAAAAAAUUUGCAAAGGCAUUACCAAAAGAGGAUAUAUCCAAGUCACUUUCUUCAAAAUACAUCACUGAUAAGGAAUGGAUAGGAGAAGCUCAAAAACGACUAGAGUUGGUGGCAAAACGAGUGCAGACAAUUGAGAAGAGCGCAACCUUAAUUGGUCCUGAAUUCGCAGCUUUCCAGACACAACUCGCAUCACUGCUGGCCGAUCUAGAGGAACGGCAAAGAGCAGGUGGCAGUCCUAACACUGCUCUCCAUAAUGAUCAAGUUAUUCGCAAAAGACUUGAGCAACUGCAACAAUUCGCUGCAACAACUGCUCGUGUGAGGAGUCACUCGCCAAUAAUGAUGAAGUUUGACGGAAACAGACUGCUUUUACUUGCAAUAGACGAGGUGUAA